CUCAUCAGCAUGCCCGUCCAAACCUCCAGACAACAAACCUAAACACCACGAAGCUGCCCAAAUCUUUGCUGCGCGCUACAAGAAGCCCAAAAAUCGCAGGCCGAACUCCACAGUCUCUUUGCUGCCCGCUACAAUCAGGCCAGAAAUCGCAUGCCAAACUCCUCAGAUCGGGCGCCUCCAGCGGGUGGUUAUGUGCAGCAGCGCCGCCCUGCAAACCGCCCAUAAAGUGCUCGACCGAAUGCCGUACCGGGACGUCGUCGCGGCCACGGCCGCCAUCGGCGCGCUCGGCCGCCGCGGCCGGCACCGCGACGCCGUGGACCUCUUCUCCCAGGUGCUCGCGGAUGGCGUCCCGCCCAACAACUUCACCUUCGGCACGGUCCUCCGCUCGGCCACCGCGCUGCGUGACCUGCGCGUCGGCGCGCAGCUCCACGCCUGCGUCGCCAAGUUCGGCCUCUGCUCCAACGUCUUCGUGGGCAGCGCUCUCGUCGACCACUACGCCAAGAUGGGCGCCAUGCGGGAAGCCCAGAGCGCCCUCGGGGACACCCACGAGCCCAAUGUCGUCUCCUACACCGGUCUCAUCAACGGGUUCCUGAAGAAUGGGAUGUUCGAGGACGCUCUCGGGUUGUUCCGGUGCAUGCCGGAGAGGAAUGCAGUUUCCUGGAACGCGAUGAUCGGCGGGUGCAGCCAGGCAGGUCUCAACGAGGAGGCAGUCCGUCUGUUCCUGGAAAUGUGUCGGCAAGGCGUCAGACCGACAGAGAGCACGUUUCCCUGCGUGCUCACUUCUGUUGCCAAUGCUGGUGCACUUGGCAUCGGUAGAAGCGUCCAUGCAUCGGCUAUCAAGCACUUUGGCACGCUUGACGUUUACAUCGGCAAUUCUCUUGUCAGCUUCUAUGCCAGGUGCGCUAGCUUGGAGGAUAGCGUGCUGGUCUUCAGAAAGAUGGAGCAAAAGAACGUGGUCUCCUGGAACGCUUUGAUCUGCGGGUAUGCGCGGAACGGAAGGGGGCAGGAAGCUUUGGGUGCCUACAAGAAGAUGAGAGCUAUGGGCAUGAAGGCAGACAAUGUAACAUUGCUCGGUUUGCUGUUUGCUUGCAACCAUGCUGGUCUGGUUGACGAGGGUUACUCAUUGUUCAAGACUGCACAGGUGGAGCAACCGGACAUAUUGAAAGCUGACCAUUAUGCUUGUGUUGUUGAUCUACUCUCUCGGGCUAAACGAUUUGAUGACGCCAAGAGGUUUCUUGAGGACCUUCCUUUUGAGCCAGGCGUCGGGUUCUGGAAGGCAAUGAUAGGAGGGUGCCAGAUUCACUGGAACAAGGACCUGGCCGAGAGCGUCGCGGAGCGUAUUCAAGCACUUGAUCCAAAGGACACUUCUUCAUACAUCCUUCUUUCUAAUGUUUAUUCUGCAGCUGGAAGCUGGCAGAGUGUGUCAAUGGUCAGGAGGCAGAUUAAGGAGAUGGGGCUGAAGAGGAUCACUGGAUGCAGCUGGAUUGAGCUCCAGGACAAGGCCCAUGUCUUCUUUAAUGGAGACCAUAGACAUCCUCAGAGUGAUGAAAUUUACAUGAUGCUUGAACUUUGCCUGAAUACCGAUGAAGAUGACGAACAUUGCCUUGUAUGACUGGAAAACUGUCCAAAGAACAGCUGACAGAACAUUUUCCUAUCUUUGGUUACUGAUGCAGUGCUUAGAAGACAGCAAAACCAACUGAGAAUAGGCACUUAGUCUUGUUCAUCUAUUCUUUUUUUACACGGCUCCAAAAAAGAGACCGAGCUCCACUAUCAUUAACUGAUAACGGAACAACAGCAAAAGUUCAGAAAGCAUCCAUGUGCGUGAAUCCAGCUGCAGCAUUACGCCUCUGUUGUUGAUCUCCUCUCUCAGGCUAAAAGAUUCGACAACUCCAAGAGGUUUUUUGAGGACCUUCCAUUUGAGCCAGGUAUCGGGUUCUAGAAGUCCAUGAUAGGAGGGUGCCAGAUUCACUGGAACAAGGACCUGACCGAGAGCGUCACAGUGUGUAUUCACGCACUUGAUCCGAAGGACACUUCUUCAUACAUCCUUCUUUCUAAUGUUUGUUCUGCAGUUGAAAGCUGGCAGAGUGUGUAUGUGAUCUGGAGGUAAGGAGAUGGGGCCAAAGAGGAUCACUGGCUGCAGCUGGAUUGAGGUCCAGGACAGGGCCCAUGUCUUCUUUAACGGAGACUCUAGACAUCCUCAGAGUGAUGAAAUUUACAUGAUUUUUGAUGAUUGCCUGAAUAACGAUGAAGAUGAACAUUGCCUUGUCCAACACACUUUGACCUGGGAGAACAGCACUCGCCGGAAACCAUUUCCUGUCUUUGGUUACUGAUGCAGUGCUUAGAAGACAGCAAAACC